AACAAUAGGUCGCAAUGGAAGCGGAAAUAUGUUCUUAGGAAUUUUCGGCAGUGCGUGGAAGAUCGGGCACACUGGAUGGGGAGGGGACAAGAAUUCCUUUUGUUAUUUCGUGAUAAUACCCAAACUGAAACCCUCUGCAAUUGGGGCCUAAAGAAGCGCAACUAGCGCGAGACGGUUACGGAGCCUGAGAAUACCUCCUCCUUUUGUCGUCCCCCUGCACCUACAUGUCUGUUCCUGGAUGUCUUCAAUAAAGUCUUCUUGGUAAAGACACUAACGUGGUAUCUCCAGUGACUGACAAUCUGCAGCAAUGACCGGAUCACAGAGGAGUUUAGGGAAGGGCAGCACUGCCCCAGGACCGGUACCAGAAGGUCUGAUCCGUCUUUACAGCAUGAGGUUCUGUCCCUUUGCCCAAAGAGCAAGACUUGUCUUGACUGCCAAAGGAAUCAAACAUGAAGUCAUCAACAUUAACCUUAAAAACAAGCCGGACUGGUUUUUUGAGAAAAGCCCUCAUGGAUUGGUGCCAUCUCUUGAGACCCCAGAUGGUAAAAUCAUCUAUGAAUCUCCAAUAGUUUGUGAUUACCUGGAUGAAGCCUAUCCCGGGAAAAAGCUGACCCCAGCAGAUCCCUAUGAGAAAGCACAAGAGAAGAUGAUUCUGGAACAAUUCUCUGGGAUUACCACUGCCAUGUAUAAGAUUUUGUUUGCCAAAAAGGAUAAUCAAGAUGUAACCGAAUUAAAGGCGCAAUUUUUUGAGAAAUUUAAAAAACUUGAAGAGGCACUGGCCAAGAGGAACAGCCCUUACUUUGGUGGACAAUCUGCAUCUAUGAUUGAUUACAUGAUCUGGCCUUGGUUUGAACGGUUUACUGUUUUUGAUAUUGAAGAGUAUCUGGAGAAGGUGCCAAAUAUCAGUGCCUGGCAGAAGCUGAUGUUGCAGGACCCGUCUGUGAAAGAGACCUAUACAGAGCCGGAUGUCCUCCUCAGUUUUCUCAAACUCUAUUCUCAGGACAGUGUAGAUGCAGUUGAUUAUGGCCUUGAGUAAUGUAACCGAUAUCUGUGAUCUCUAUCUUGUGCCUUUAAAAUAUUGUCUUAUUUUGUCAUUACCUCAAAGCACUUGUCUGAUUAAAUACAUGUUUUC